UUCCAUCUCCAAAAGGCAAAAGUAAUUUAGGUAGGUAGGCGAAUUCUCCGCCCGUUUGGCAAACCACCCCUAAAAGGACUUCUGACCGUCCUGUUAUUUUGGAUAGAGCGCAGCGAUCAUCUGGCAAUGGCAACGGCGUAGUUUCAGUUUUGAAAAUGCUCUGAGCCUGAGCAGAAGAGCAACAAUGACGACGACAACAACAGCGGACACAGCAGCCCCCACACCCGCCUCCGGCUCCGCCUCCCUGCUGCAGCUGAACGAUGACGUAUUAGCCCUAAUCAUACGGCACCUGAAUGUGUACCAACAAUACGAGCUGGGGAAGCUGCAUCGUCGCCUGGAGAACAUUGUGCAGAUGCUGUGGCGGACACGAGUGAGGAAUGUGGCGCUGCACGAUGAGAUGUUCAAGCGUUCCAGCCCCAAUUCGCGUCAGUUUCUGGCCUUUGUGCUUACCCUGGCACCGCACAUGCAGCGUUUGAGCUGCCAGCGGCUGGAUGUGAGGCGGCUUCGCCUGUUGAGCAGCCAUACCCUGUCCGGGGUGACCAGCCUGGAGUGGCUGGGCGAUGGCCAUCGCCGUGGUCGUGCCCGCUUUGUGGACGAGGAUGUGCGCCUGCUGCGGCGUGUGUUUCCCUCGCUGCGAAAACUCAAACUCCGUGGAUGCCAAAUCACUGGAAAGUAUCUGUGCGAUUUGGAGUUACUCAACGAGCUCUGCCUGGACGACUGCCAGUACCUGGAGUCGCAGCACUUUCGGGACCUUUUCCGACAGCUGAAACUACGUAAAUUUGAUAUUAUGGAGGACUGCGAUGAGGUCAACUGCUGCGACCUGGUGGACCUGCAGCUGUGCCCCACGCUGGAGCACAUCAAAAUUGCCGACUACCAUCUGUGCAUGGAGUCGGACAUCACCCAGCAGCUGCUGCAGCUGCCACGCCUCAACAAGCUGUCCAUUUACUCCAAGAACUUUGUCUUCGAUGUGCUGUCGCGCAUAGCGCGUCCCAGCUAUCCCACGGGCAGAUCCAGGCUAAUCGAGGGCUUCCGCUUCAGCGGAAUCCUCCACGACUACGAGAGGUUCUUUAGGGAACUCGGCAAUCUGCGGAAUCUAAGGAGACUGGAGCUGCACGGCCACGGCGAAGAGGAGGGCCAGUUGCAGUGCCUCGGAGACCAAAUGCUGCGUCAUCUCUCCUCCGCACUCCCGGAACUCACUGAACUGCACCUGUGCGGCUACCAGUUGGAGAGUCCCUUGAGUCUGCUUGGAUUUGUCACCCACUGUCGCCAGCUGCGGGUUCUGGACAUAACCCGAACCCGCUGCCAUGGCGAUGCCUUUGUCUGGAGCUGUCUGGCAAUCCUCAACAAACAGCGAUGGCGCACACAGCCACUGGAGCUGUGGAUACGCAAGAGUGAUAUUAAACCCGAAAUUAUGGACAGUUCCCGUCUCAUGGACAACGAGAAACACAUCAAAAUCGAUUGCAAACAGAUACCAAACAGCCUGGAUCACACGUCUGGGGUCCUCAAGUUCAGCUUUGCGAGAUGAUACCCGCCCCCACCACCAACAAUCCAUAUGAGGCGAUCAUCCAUUGUUGUGCCUAGCCCUGUGCCCUAGGUGUGUUGAUAAGGCGACAAUUGAUUCAAGACUGAAAUAAUUGUGAAAUGUGUAAGUGUUUGCAUGAUACCCUGCAAAGGGUACGAGUGUUAGGCAGAGAUCGAUUAAGACGUUUUAAACUGAACUUUAAUCAUGA